AUGUCGAUAUCGUCGAUGCUAGGUUCGGAUACGGAGCGUCAGCCGCGAGAGAGCACGACGAGCUCGAUGUAUUCGCGGCCUACGGUAUCUGCUACCACUGCGCCACCACCACAGCCUGCUUCGCUACCACCGUCCAUGUCACCGCCUUCCGGCCCGAGUAGGCAGAUAUCAUCAGACUACCAUCCUUUCCGAAGAUCACACACCCCGGACAGCGGCCCAUUUGUAAAAUCAAUUACUCCCCGACCCUACCGGUCAAGAUCCGGAGGUAGUUCGUCCGGGAACCCCCAGUCAACCACGGAUGAUUCGCGAUUUUCUGGGCCUCGGCAGACCUCCUCCAACGCACCCCAACCACAGCUCACAGCUCCUAGAUCCCCCCGGAACGCUUACUCAGAUCCAUCCUACCACCACGACCGACGGAUGAGCCUGGGAGGACCGGGACCACGAGCCAAUCCUCCAGGACCCCAUCAUCGAUCGGAGGAGCCGCCGUCGCGACCACCGCAGUUCAGUCCUCCCGUCAGACUGACGCCCGGAUUUUCAGAUGGGGUGCAGAAGGAGGCGAGUGGCCAGCGAGAACAGCAUGGGUACCCGGGUAGUUUAGAACCGCCUCCGCGGCCAUCUUCUAGGUUUAGUGAUCCCUCGCAGGAUCGACAGGAACAUCGUGACCAGCAACAACCCUACCAACAUGGCAUUCAGGAACACUCUCACCACCACCAUCACCAUCACCACCACAGCCAGCAUUCCCAAUCUCAGUCACAACCGCAACCACAGCCACAUCAACACCAACACCAGCCCCAUAGAUAUGGAUCUCAUGCACCAGAACACGAAGGCGAUCGAUCUCACCGUUCAUCUUGGGAAUCGAACUACCCCCGUGUAUCACCUGAAUCAACCCGCUACAACACCGCAGAGCCAAGUUCCGGCUACGGCUUUGGAUCGAUUCAGAAUUACACAAAGUCGCUGGGCUCCCAGUUAACGGCUCCACGCUCCAUCCCCGGUCCCGGCCAACCCCAGCUACAUUCUCGCCAAGACGCAACACCUUCGAGCGAUUCGUCGCCGGUUAUGAGCCGGAGUAGACCUCCACCAUCAAAUCCACCACGCAUGUUUUCGCCGACACCAGGUUCAACCGGUCCGCAAUCAUCGUUUGGUGGCUCGUUUGCGGACGAAGGACGCACUCGUGGAGGCACGGAGGAGCCCCCUCAUCAUAAAAGCGUGCUAAACAUAAAUGCAGAAGCGAAACGGGGCGGGAGGGCAUCACCACUUCCACAGGCAGUGCAAGGCGCCCAAGCCCAGGUUAUUGACCCAGCCACCGAAUCAGGUAUAAAAAGCGAGCUAGGCCGAGUGUUCUCUGGUAUUGGCAGCGGCGUUGGAGUAUCCAGCUCGGCGUCACUGGGAGGAAGUGGUCCUUCAACGCCGCUAUCGUCGAGUCCGUUCAAGAGGAACCAUGGCGAUCGGUCGAUGAAUUCAGACUUGAACGGAGAGGGCUCGUUUGGUGCUGGAAAAGGUACCGCUUCCGCGCCAGGAAGCGUCAGACGCGGUCGAAAAGUGAAGGAGGAAGAGGGCAAGGAAGAAGGGGAGGGCACUGGGGCAGCUCGCGGUGGAGCUGCAAGAAGAGGACGGCAUGUACACCACCAUCAUCAUCAUCACGGCGGCCAUCAUCACCAUCAUCGACACCGAACGGACGAAGACCCGGCUCUCUUUGCAGGAGGUCAAGGUCCGCCGCAGCUUGCGGCGCCCUUCAGGCCUCAGUCUCGCACUGGAGAUGGCCCUGCUGCGGCCGGAGGAGCUGUCGGUACCUCCUCACAUCAUCACCACCACCACCAUCAUCAUCAUCAUGGCCCAAGAGCAGCAGCAGCUCCUGGCGGCGGUAUCCCGCAUCAUCACCACCCGACUCCUCCAGCCGCCCCUCUCAAGGAGUACAACACCACAGUGAAUCUAGAGCCGCUGUUAAAAAGUGUUGCACACUUCCCUCGCUAUCAUCUAGGCUCUACGCUCUACGCUCCACGCAUUGAAAUGCCGUCUUCCCGAGCACCGCCUGAAGCAUCCAAGUUUGGAUAUAGCUCUACUCCCGUACCGAUCCCACGAUUUGAUGGAAAGGAAAACUGCACUUUCACGAUCCGUGUGCCUCGAUUCCGCAUAGAUCCAAGCCAUCGUGAGGAAAUCUGUGCUCGCCGUGCUUUAUGGGGGACUGGCGUGUACACAGACGACUCCGAUCCGGUAGCAGCAGCCAUCCAUUCUGGCUUUAUCCGGGGCGAGUGGGCGGAAGAUGUCGAUGUGUCGAUGCUCAACCUCGAGCUGAAAGAAAAUCGCAAGUCUUCCACCGCAAAUGCCACUGCCACUGCCACUACCAAUGGCAACGGCACGGCGCAGAGAAAGACGACGCCAUCCUCCAAUAGAGCUCCAUCCAUUCAUAGCAACAGCACCAGAUCCGAUCCAACCUCAACGGCGCAGUCGGAGGCCCCUCAACCCCCACCGACGGCUGCCGAGCCAGCAGAAGGUAAACAGCGCCCGCCUGUACCGCCGCCAAAUAAGGACCUGCACAUCAAGCUGCUGAUCCUACCCACGCUGGAACGGUACGACAGCAGCGUGAUGUACGGCCUCAAGUCGCGUUCCUGGGGCAAAAACCACGACGGGAUGAGCUUCAAGGUAGAAGAGGUCUCCUGGGUGGACGAGGGUGUAUCCAAGGGCGAGGAGCGAGGAGGAGAGGCCCGUCGUAAGAGGCUGCGAAACAUGAUGCGCACCGGCCGUAUCUGCACUCCCGCCGGUCUCAAGGGCCGCAAGGGUGUCGAGCUGCAUCUCUCUUCCAACCGUGAACCCGACCCUGACACGUCCAUGAAGGAUGCAGACGAGACCCCAGCUAUGGAAACCUCGACAUCAACAGCCGUGGAACCAGUGUCCUGA